UCGUUCACACCACAUGUAUUAUUUACCUCCCGUGCAACUGAUGAAAUUAGAUCGACGUAAAAAUUUUCUGACACAAUUCAUCGAUCAAACAUUGAUAAUUUAGCCAUUCAGUGGUAACAAUUCUGGUCGCAGGGGAGUGAAAACGCGGAGUAGAUAAACGGUGGAUUAUUUAAACAAUGGAAUAGUGAGGAAUGUGUGAUGAAUUUUGACAGGUGUGCGGAAACGCAUUAUUGUCGAAUGUCGUACGCGUAAAUUAUUUAGUACUCGACGACUUUUGAGGAAUUCAUCGAAGUGAAUAACAGAGUGAAAAUAACGAUUAUGAAAGCCGAGGGAUCGGCUCCCCCAGUCACAAUUCAUCCCAAGGUCAAGGUAAAGGAGGAGACGAAAGAAUGCAAUUAUCAGCAGCAAAGCUCACCGGUGGAAAGUCAAGUACUAACGACAAUGGCUGUACCAGUGGUUGGUGGAAGUGCAAACACAAUCACAACAACUUCAACAACAAACUCAAACAGCAUACCCAACCUUUCCAAUCAUCUACCUUCAACGGGCUCAAACUCAUCAGCGAACGAGGCAACUUCCCCAACAAGUACUCACCAAAAUUCAAGUGUCAUUUGCCAAGUCCCAUCAUCCACAAGUUCCGUGCACAAUGGCGUUGAACCUGUCGAUUUGGAUGUCAAAAGUAAGCGCACACCAACGGCCCCACCUCGCGACGACAGAGGUUCCGAGCUUUCGGCCAAAGAAAACCGCUCAUCCCCUCACUCGCAAAAGUCAAAACUCUCCCACCCGUCCGGCAUCAACGGCAACCCGGAAUUUUCUCGCCAAUUAUCCGGCGGCUCUUCGGGAAAUGAUAGUCCCGUCUCGUCGCACUCAAUCAAACCGGAGGACGAGCCGGGCAUUGGAAAACACGAGGAACCACCAUCUGCACCACCGCAACUAUCGACCGAAACGACCACCACCAGCACCAAUGGAGUAGUUCUGAAUGGUGGUGGUCUCAGGUGUAUUUCCAGCGUUUUCGCGGGUCACGCCAAGCUCAAGAGGCUCCUCGGGACUCUGGUGCAAUUCGCUAAUAAUAUAUCAACGGAGACCGGUGAUACAGUGAGGUGCUUCGUGUUUGGCCUCUUGAGUGGAGCAAUGACGGCUGAGGAGUUUCACUCAGCCCUCCAAGAAGCAACGAAUUUUCCCCUCCGAGAUUUUGUUCUCCCGUAUCUCAGACACACACUUCCCUCCCUCAGACGAAACCUCAAUACAGCAGCGAGAGCCAAUAAUCAGACGUGCGUGCAAUAUCUCCGUGCCAACGAAUCAGCCGUCCUGGAGACAGUGAAUCUAACACCGAGCAGUGACACGGCUGAACUCUUUGGUGACCACAGCACCAAUGGCACUUCAUCAACAGCGACAAACUACAGCUUACGAUCCAGCACAGCGUCGAGUGUUAGUUCCAUUUCGCACAGUAGUUCACUGCAUCAUUACGGUGCCACAAAUUUGGCAACGAAACGUCGAGCCUCCGACACACCGUACUACGAGAAUGCGAGUGAGGACUCUCCACUCUACGGAAAGCGCUCGGCAAAUCUCUGGAGUAGUCACCACCACCCAUCCCCCCAGCAGCAGUCAGACCCAUACUGCUGGUACCAUCCACUUCAUUCCUCCGGGACACAAAUUCAGGGUCACUCUCACCACCCCCACGUGCCCCCAAAUCUCAUUCAGAUCAAUCAGCUGUCGUCAUUCGGAGCUCCCCAUCUCCCUCAGCAGCAGCAGCAGCAACAGCAGCAACAGCAACAGCAGAUUAAUCACGCGCCCGGACAAAUGCAAAAUGGCUCGAGUUUAGAUGACGAAUGGAAGAAUAUCCACGUUAUGCUCAAUUGUAUUCUCGGUAUGGUGGAGAAGACAAAACGAGCGCUGGUGAUACUGCAGAGACGCGGGUGUUCCAGUCCAGCUGGUGCAACACCUGCUUCCGGAUUGGUUUGUACCCAGAAUGGCACCAGUAAUGGUAACAAUCUUUCCGGUACAAAUGGCACACAGAUCGAGUCGUCUAGUGGAGAUCGCGAUGGAAAUUUGAAGCGUUUAUCCGGAGAGAUUGUGGCGCAGACUAUCAGAGCCACUGAGGACAGGGUCGUUACGGAGGUCAAACGAAGAGCUGAAGAAGCAGUACAAGAAGUGAAACGCACUGCAAUGGUAGAGGUCCAGCGAGCAGUGGCUGCCGCAGUGGCCGAAUCUCGUGCGAGUGAGAGAAUGAGAGUUCAGCACCUCCUGGACAUACCACUAGCCCAACGAGGGCACGGAGCCAUGCGACAGGGCUCAUUCCUCAGGCUUGGGGGUCACAAUGCUACAGAAACAAUCUCCAAGACCUCCAAUUCCGGCGAAGACGAGAAAGAAGGAGUGAAUCUCAAUGUUAUGGGAUCCAGCUGUUGGAACUGCGGAAGACCAGCUCUGGAGACUUGCGGCGGUUGUGGAAUAGCGAGAUACUGUGGCUCAUUCUGUCAACAUCGAGACUGGGAAACUGGUGGGCAUCACGCCACCUGCAGAGCCAGCCCCACCCAGGAGCCCACUCGCUCCUCAUCGCCGAGUCCACCGAGACCUGGCACCAACUCCAGUGAAAUAGACAGUGCAACUCCCGCAGUUGCCAAGGGGAAGUGAUUGUACAGGCGAGACUACACGAUUCUCUCACGUUUCAGUCGCCCACGUUACGCUCAUUCCUGUCGAUAAUAAAUUCCCGUCGAAACGAAAAACCAAAAAAAAAACGAAGAGGAAUGAAGAAUUCUAAUGGCCAUAAUUGUUUCCAAAAAUUUGUAUUGUUAUCACGUUUCACCUCUACGUGAAUAAUUCAUUAAUUUCUCGCCAGUUUAAAUCCCAAUUAAUAGGUACAAACGAUAAGACGUUUUAAUAUCGUAAUCGUGCAUGUUGAAUAAAAACAAAUCUUUCAUAUACAAUUUGAGUCAAUUGUCACAAAGCACGUAAUUAUAAUCAUUUAAUAAUUAAUAUUGUUAAAAUACCUUUGUUAUUACGAUAAUUAUUAUUUUGUAAUAAUUGCACCUACCUUUUUAUCCUAGUCAAUUGAAUAGAUACAAUUUAAUGUAUAAAUAAUAAAUCAAAUCCAUUGAUUUCUCUAGUAAAUAAUAAGCUGUAAAAUUAAUCGCACAUUGUCUAGUCAUAAAGCCAAAAUUACCACGAACCAACGGCAAAGCAAAUAUUGCAAUAAAUCAUAGCUCGUGAUGAACAUCAUGUAGGAAACUUUGCUCAAUCGAAUUUUAAAAAAAUGUACCCAGUCUCCAACCCAAAAAGCAAAG